CUCCGGACUAUUAUCUUCGGUUGUUCUUCCAUGCUGCUUCUCCAUGCUAUUCAUUAUAACUUAAAGCAGAUAUUGAUAAAUUGGAGCGCCAUCUCUUGACAACUCGCAGGUAUCAUCGCAACUGAUAGACGCUGCAUCUGCUACCAGCACCGCAACCGCCGGAGGUCGCGCCCCCCCCUCCGCCGCUCCGGGGUGGUUCUACAGAUUCAACCGGAUUGAUACUAUUUAGUCUCGUGUCGGCCAGCAUGACGUGAUGACUGUCCGAUCGCUUUUCUCUUUACUUUUCCUGGCCGCAUUUGCCUCGUUCGCCUCCGCAACCUCCGACUACCACGAGAGCCUCGUUCUACAACCACUUCCGCAAUCCGCGCUCCUAGCCUCGUUCAACUUCCAAAGCAAUGACUCGCAGGAGUCGUUCGAUGAGCGCCACUUUCGCUAUUUUCCCCGUGCGCUAGGCCAAAUCCUCCGCCACGCCAAUACCAAGGAGCUCCAUCUCCGGUUCACAACGGGUCGAUGGGAUGCUGAGAGUUGGGGUCCCCGCCCAUGGAACGGCACCAAGGAGGGCGGCACCGGUGUGGAGCUCUGGGCCUGGAUUGAUGCUGUGGACGAUGAGGCUGCUUUUGCGAAAUGGAUUACUUUAACACAGUCACUCUCCGGGCUUUUCUGUGCUUCGUUGAACUUUAUCGACUCGACGAGGACUACGAGACCGGUUGCGUCGUUUGAGCCCGCAGGGACUCACGCCGCUUUGGAUAACUUGCAUCUCCUGCACGGAACACUUCCUGGCGAGGUGGUCUGUACGGAGAAUUUGACCCCGUUCUUGAAGCUCCUGCCAUGUAAGGGCAAGGCGGGCGUAGCGAGUCUCCUUGACGGACACAAGUUGUUUGAUGCGUCGUGGCAGAGCAUGUCUGUGGAUGUGCGUCCCAUCUGCACGGAGACAAGUGACUGUGUUGUGCAGAUUGAUCAAUCGGUGGAUAUUGUGCUCGACAUUGACCGAUCCAAGCGUCCUCGCGAUAACCCCAUUCCCCGGCCAGUGCCUAAUGAGCAGCUCGUGUGCGACACCUCCAAACCUUAUCACUCGGACGAUACCUGCUAUCCACUGGAGAGCACGUCGGAGAAAGCAUGGGGCUUGUCUGAGGUCUUCGGCCGCAGCAUCAGUGGAUCAUGUCCUCUCACCGAGGGCUCUGCCGACGGAGCUGUCUGUCUACGAGUACCCCACGAACGAGAAGUGCACGCCAGCCCCGGCGCGGUGGAAGCCAGAAAGGCGGACGGCUACACCCGUUGCUUCACACUGGAGUCUUCGACGCCUUUCGACCUCAUGAUCCCCGAGCAACAGGCCACAGCACAGGUGCCGCUCGACGAGCCCGUCCUGCGCGCAGAGCGCACGAUUGUCGGCCACGGCCAGGAACGCGGCGGCAUGCGCAUCAUCUUCGACAACCCCUCCGCCACCAACGCCGUGGAUUUCAUCUACUUCGAGACCCUUCCCUGGUUUCUUCGGCCUUACGUCCACACCCUUCAAGCGACCAUCACGGGCCGCGACGGGCUGCGUCGCCAGGUCCCGGCCUCGCAAUUCAUCAAAGAGACCUUCUACCGCCCUGCUAUCGAUCGCGAACGCGGCACCCAACUCGAGCUCGCCCUUUCCGUCCCGGCCGCAUCGACGGUGACGCUAACCUACGAUUUCGAAAAGGCCAUCCUGCGGUACACGGAGUAUCCCCCGGACGCCAACCGGGGGUUCAAUGUAGCGCCGGCGGUGAUCAAGGUUGGCGGCGAACAUCCCAUCUACCUCCGCACCACUAGUCUGCUGCUGCCGCUGCCGACCCCGGACUUCAGCAUGCCGUACAACGUGAUCAUCCUAACGAGCACGGUGAUAGCCUUGGCGUUUGGUAGUAUCUUCAAUUUGUUGGUGCGUCGGUUCGUGACGGCAGAGGAGGCCUCGGCGAUGCGAGCGCAGACCUUGAAGAGUCGUCUGGGGGGAAAGAUUGUUGCUUUGCGGGAUAAGAUUAGGGGGAAGUCGAAGACGGAGUAGUGCAGCUGCCUUGCUGUAUGAUAUAAUUCUAUACCUUUAAUCGAAAAUAAC